AUGUUUAUUACAUUUUCUUGUUUUUCACAGAUGAUAGUAUGGUUGGAAAAAAUCCUAGAUAAAAUCAUUAGCAUAUUCAUUAUAUUUGUGCUAGUGAUAGGCACGCUGUUGCUUGCUCUGCUCCUUACAGCAAAGGUUCAUCAGGAAAGUGUACAUAUGAUUGAGGUAACAAGCAGGUUGAUUAAUGAAACGGUAGCCAAUCACCCAGAGUGGGCCAACUGGCUUCCCGAAGCUCAGGUUAUUCAGAAGGCUUUGAAUUCAGCUGCUACUAAUGUUUAUCAGUAUGGACGAGAAUGGAUAACGCAUAAGCUUGAUAAAAUAUUAGGAGAAAAAGUAAAUAACACUGCUGUGAUUGAAAAACGAGUUCUGGAGCUUUGGGACAGACUAUAUCAUUCUUGGUUUGUGAAAAAUGCAACUCAUUCUGGACAACAAAAAAGUCACAAAAAGCAUUUAUACCGUGAGCAUGGUUGGGCAAGUGACAUGCUUGAUUGGCAAGAUGUUGCUUCUUUUGUUCAUGAGAAUAUUGAAACAUUUCUUUCGAUCCUAGAAUCCCUCUGGGUAGUGAUGAGUCAUAAUGUUAGCCUCCUUUUCACCACAGUUACAACUUUAGUAACAGUCCUUUUCCACAGCGGCACUGCAGUUCUUAAUUUUGUUCUUUCACUGGUGAUUUUCCUGACCACAUUAUUCUACCUUCUAAGUUCCAGUGAUGAAUAUUAUAAGCCAGUGAAGUGGGUGAUCAACUUGAUCCCUUUGUCACAGUCUGAUGCAUCUUCAAAUAUAGUCAGCCAAUCUGUGGAGGAAGCUAUAAGAGGGGUAUUCGAUGCAUCUCUCAAAAUGGCUGGGUUCUAUGGGCUAUACACCUGGCUGACUCAUACCAUCUUUGGAAUUAACAUUGUCUUCAUACCCUCAGCACUGGCUGCUAUACUUGGAGUGGUUCCAUUUUUGGGAACAUACUGGGCAACCAUACCUGCAGUUCUAGAUCUUUGGCUCGUACAAGGAAAAGGAUAUAAAGCUAUGUUCCUCUUCAUUUGUCAUCUAUUGCCAACUUAUUUUGUAGAUACGGCAAUCUAUUUGGAUAUAUCUGGAGGAGGUCAUCCUUAUCUGACAGGACUUGCUAUAGCUGGUGGAACAUAUUACCUAGGACUAGAAGGAGCCAUCAUAGGACCCAUACUCCUUUGUAUUUUUAUGGGUGCCUCUAAUAUAUACAGUGCUAUGCUUGUGAGCCCAACCAAUUCAUUGCCUACUCUAUCACAGAUGCCUCAGCCUUUGAAGAUAUACUGAGAAACGCCUGAGGAACUAAGAAUUGCCAAGGAAUGAUACACAAUAUUUUAUAUAUUCUGUUUCUUUUGAGAGAAAAAAAGCUCAAGAGAUAUAGCUUUGAUCGUCUCUCCAGCAGGCCCUACUGAAGCUUUUGCUGAUGAAGCAUUCACUUAUGAGGAUACCCAUUGAUAUGUAUGUUGCUAUACUGUACAUUACCUUUGCUGCUGCCCAUUUCUUGCUUAUUAUACAAAUAUAGGAUUUAUUAGUCAUGCCCUCUCCCCCAAAAGGAUUCACUUGGAUUUGUUUGUAACCAGUUGAAUUAUUUAACAUAUUCAUGGCUAUGAACAUAAUUAUGCAGUUUCUUUGUCCCAAAGCUAUUUAUAUUUGCUUAGAUGUGAAGCCAUUAUAGUAUAGCAUAUGCUAAUUUUGUAUUGCUUUAACAAAAUGCUAUUGUAAUUUUAUGAGCACUUUCUUGAUCAAGGGCACUGGGAUUUGGGUCACUAAUAUAUUUGAGGCUGGUGGUUUGUUUUUGUUUUGUUUGGAGAGGGUGGGAUUUGGUUUAGGGCAAGGUGCAAAGCCAUUCACUAUAAUUUCUGAACCAUGAUUUCUUGCCUGGGAUGUGUUCCAAUAUUAUUGAUUUUGUUAGGAUGUUAUGUAUUACAGCUAUGUAACAAAUACAUAGAAUUAUUUUUAACAGCUUAGUAAGGAUGUUUAUUUAAAAUACCUUUGUGAUGUAAUGUAUUAGUAAAUGUCAGGUUUUUUAAUAUUGAAAACUCAAUGAAAGUAUCCCAGGGUCAACAUAAUUAAUUAUGUUACUUAAUACUUAAAAUGAUUUGUAUAGAGGUAGACACAUGUUUUAGUAUUUUGGGGAAACAUAAUAUUCGACUAAAUCUACAGGUGUCUACUACUAAAAAAACUGGAAUAUUGUUCACUUUUUUAAAAAAAUUAAGUAAUUGGGAUUUUUUUAAAAAUCUCAUAGACUUUAAGCCAUAGUGGUGUUAAAAUCAGAUUAAAAGUUCUCUACAUAAUAAACAGUAUAAUUGUUUGUUGUUGUUGGCCACUCUUUUUGGGAAUAAAAUGAUUUAUUAACAUCAAAGGAAAUGAUGUUAAUUUUGUGAUUUAAACGUCUAAAGCACAUCUGCCUAGUGAAUUAAGACAAAGCUGAUAACAAUUAUUGUAUUUGUUUUAAUAAAAUUGUAAUAUAA